AUGAGUAUCCACAUCCACGGAAACUGCGCGUUGAUCGGAGACAGGAGGAUUUCCAUCCUCGAGUCUGACGACGGUACAAUCUAUUUUGCAGCGAAGGAAUUAGCGCUUGCACUUGGAUACGUCAGACCGAACGAAGCCGUCACCACCAACACGAGAGAAAGAAUGAGAACAACGCUCGGAGAAAUAAGGGGUACGGUUACAAACCGUACCCCUUAUGAUGUGCGCGGUGGUGAAGAGCCUAAUACAGUUUUUAUUACCGAAUCCGGUCUGUACAGACUCCUCAUGAAAUCUAGAUUACCGAUUGCCGAAGAAUUCCAGGACUGGAUAUCCGAAGACGUUCUUCCCUCCAUUCGAAAGACUGGGAAAUAUGUGAUACCCGGAGCCAUGAAAGCUAUCGAUAACAUAAAGGUUGAAGAACUAUGUGAACUUACGGGGGAAGAUCGGAAGGAAGCACGAAAAAAACUUGUAAACAUGAGCGAUAAACUCAAGGAUCCUGAAAAAGUCGAACUUGGAAAAAAGGGAGGGGAAUCAACCCAGAGAAAAAUUAGGGAGACCAAAGAGAAACUGGAGAAAAAAGAAGACGAAAUCAUAAAACUUAAGAUCGAAGUGUCAUAUCUGAAAGGUAAAUUAGACGGACUCGAAGUAGAAUAA